CGCGCUGCGAGGUGACGUCGCCGUGACGCAGGACGUAGACCUACAACUGCGGGCGGAAGGGGACGUAAUUUCCUUUCCUCCAUCUUCAGCGAGAAUGAAGACCAUUCUCAGCAACCAGAUUGUUGAUAUCCCUGACAAUGUUGAGGUGUCGUUGAAAGGCCGUACUGUUGUUGUAAAGGGGCCCCGAGGAAAAUUACGAAGAGAAUUUAAUCACAUCAACUUGGAACUCAGUCUUCUUGGUACCAAGAAGAAAAAGCUUCGAGUUGACAAAUGGUGGGGUAACAGGAAGGAGUUAGCAACAGUGCGGACAAUCUGUAGUCACGUCCAGAACAUGAUCAAGGGUGUCACAGUGGGUUUCCGUUACAAGAUGAGAUCUGUGUAUGCUCAUUUCCCUAUCAAUGUGGUUGUUCAAGAGACAGGGUCUCUGGUAGAGAUCCGUAACUUCUUGGGAGAGAAGUAUAUUCGUAGAGUCCGUAUGAAGCCAGGUGUUACGUGCAUUGUUUCCCAGGCCCAGAAAGAUGAGCUUGUUCUUGAAGGAAAUGAUAUUGAGCUGGUGUCAAACUCUGCUGCCCUGAUCCAACAGGCAACAACAGUCAAAAACAAGGAUAUUCGAAAGUUCUUGGAUGGUAUUUACGUCUCUGAGAAGGGUGCAGUGGUUGAGACUUCAGCUUAGACAUAAUGGAUUAAAGCUGCUCUCAUUCAGCAAGCAACAACAGUGAAGAAGAAGGAUAUUCGUAAAUUCUUGGAUGGUAUCUAUGUGAGCGACAAGGGGACAGUUGUAGCACAGAGUGGAGAAUGAAACUUUAUACUGGAUAAUCUAUAAAAAGAAUGGCUGUGAAAGCUGUUAAAUUAAAUUCUAAUAGCUGAG